ACAGAAGGAGAAAAGAAAGAAAGAGUAUGGAAAGAAAAGAAUGCGUUUACAGAAACCCAGACGCGCCAGUGGAGGCGCGUGUUCAAGACCUUCUCUCUCGAAUGACAUUGGCGGAGAAGAUCGGUCAGAUGACUCAGAUCGAACGAGUCGUAACUACUCAUACCGUCAUCACAAAUUCCUUCAUCGGUAGUGUACUGAACGGCGGAGGAAGUUGGCCGUUCGAGGACGCUAGGCCAUCGGACUGGGCUGAUAUGAUCGACGGUUACCAAAACGCAGCGUUGGCAUCACGUUUGGGAAUACCGAUAAUAUACGGCAUUGAUGCCGUCCACGGCAACAACAACGUUUACGGAGCCACCAUCUUCCCCCACAACAUUGGCCUAGGAGCCACCAGAGAUGCAGAUUUGAUCAGAAGAAUUGGGGAUGCAACAGCACUAGAAGUAAGAGCCAUGGGUGCUCACUGGGCGUUUGCUCCUUGCGUAGCUGCUUUGAGAGAUCCAAGAUGGGGGAGAUCCUAUGAGUGUUACAGUGAAGAUGCUGACACUAUAUGUGAGCUGACAACGCUUGUCUCGGGCCUUCAAGGCGAGCCACCUAAAGAACACCCUAAUGGUUACCCUUUUCUUGCGGGAAAAAACAAUGUGGUUGCUUGUGCAAAACACUUCGUUGGAGAUGGUGGUACCCAACAUGGCACAAACGAAGGGAACACUAUUGUGUCAUUCGAAGAAUUGGAGAGAGUACAUCUACCUCCAUAUCUAAACUGUCUUGCUCAGGGUGUCUCAACUGUUAUGGCAUCUUACUCCAGCUGGAAUGGAAGUAAACUCCACUCUGACUAUUUCCUCUUGACAGAGCUUCUCAAACAGAAACUAGGUUUCAAGGGAUUUAUCAUUUCAGACUGGGAAGCUUUGGACCGGCUUAGCGAGCCAUUUGGUUCAAACUACCGCCACUGCGUCAAAAUCUCAAUUAAUGCAGGAAUAGACAUGGUGAUGGUGCCUUUCAAGUACGAACGUUUCAUACAAGACCUAACAGACCUGGUGGAGUCAGGGGAAGUGUUGAUGGCUCGGAUUGAUGAUGCUGUUGAAAGAAUACUCAGAGUGAAGUUUGUAGCUGGUCUUUUCGAACAUCCUCUCACAGACCGAUCUUUACUGGGUACUAUUGGCUGCAAGGAACAUAGAGAAUUGGGCCGUGAAGCCGUUAGAAAGUCUUUAGUUCUGCUGAAGAACGGCAAACAUGUUGAUAAACCGUUUCUACCACUAGAUCGCAAUGCCAAACGAAUUUUAGUCACAGGAACACAUGCAGACGAUCUUGGUUACCAGUGCGGGGGAUGGACAAAGGCAUGGUUUGGUCUAAGCGGAAGGAUAACAAUUGGCACAACGCUUUUGGAUGCCAUCAAAGCAAUAGUUGGAGACCAAACAGAAGUAAUAUAUGAGAAAAAUCCUUCGGAGGAAUCCUUAGCCUCGUGUGAAGGCUUCUCUUAUGCAAUUGUUGCUGUUGGGGAAUCGCCGUAUGCAGAGACUUCGGGGGAUAACUCAGAACUCACAAUACCUUUUAACGGGAGUGAUAUUGUAACCACAGUUGCAGAGAGAGUCCCAACUCUAAUGGUCUUGUUCUCAGGACGGCCUGUGGUUCUUGAGCCGACGGUUCUUGAAAAGACACAGGCUGUAGUCUCUGCUUGGCUUCCUGGAAGCGAAGGGCAAGGAAUGGCUGAUGUCAUAUUUGGAGAUUAUGACUUUGAGGGAAAGUUACCAGUAAGCUGGUUCAAACGCGUUGAACAGUUGCCCCUAAACGCUGAUUCUGAUUUGUAUGACCCGUUGUUCCCUCUUGGUUUCGGUCUUUCCAACGGGAAUUCAACCCAUGUUUAAAUUCACUGGCCUGGCUAAACAUUGAUCAAUUAUUGAACAAUAAAUGAUGGAGUUUGAGUGUGUUUGUAAUAUCAAAAUCAAGUGAUAUGAGCAUGUGUGUAUUAAUAUGUAUGUUCCCAUGUAUAUUUUGAGAAUCUAAGCACGU